AUGGAAAAGGAGCAAGAACUAGAAUGGGCAGAAGCACAGAAGAUGGUGAUUAGCAAAGAUUUGGUGUCUGCUGCCAAACAGCAGCUACAGUUCCUUGCAACUGUCGACAGAAACCAUUAUCUCUCUUAUGGCCCUGCUUUAGACAGGGCUAUUUAUAGGUACAAGAGUUGUUGGCUUCCCCUGCUUGCUAAAAAUGGGGAGUCUCAGAUUUCAGAGUUCCCUUUGGUUGUGCCCCUUGACUGUGAAUGGAUUUGGCAUUGUCAUAGGCUCAACCCGGUUCGUUACAAGGCCGACUGUGAGGAACUCUAUGGUAGGCUACUUGACAACUGGAAUGUUGUUUCCUCAGUUCAGGGGAAAUCUAAGAGGCAAACUGAGGCAAUAUGGAACAAGAUGUACCCAUAUGAACCAUAUGAGCUUGAACUGAGCAGCCACACAUUGAAGGACAUGGCUGAGAACAUGUUGCGGACUUCAAAAUGCACCGAGUAUGAUUUAGUUUCAGCUGUCAAACGGCAAAGUUCUUUCUUUUUCCAGGUAUCCAGACCACAUAUGAAUAAUGAUGUCUUUCUUGAAGAAGCCUUGGCUAGAUAUAAGGGGUUCCUGCACCUGAUUAAGAGAAACCGGGAGAAGUCAAUUAAUUGUUUCUGUGUUCCAACUUAUGACAUUGACCUUAUCUGGCAUUCUCAUCAACUGCAUCCUGCUUCUUACUCCAAAGAUACAGUGGCAAUACUUGGAAAGGUAUUAGAACAUGAUGACACAGAUUCUGAUAGAAGCAAGGGAAAGAAACUAGAUGUUGGGUUUUCCAGCACCACCAAGCAGUGGGAAGAUACAUAUGGUUCGAGGUACCAGAAAGCAGGAACAACGUAUAGAGGCAUUGCUCCAUCCCCUCUUACAAGCAGUUUGUGCCCAUUAGAUACAGUGAGGAAGAAGGAAGUUCCACCAAUUGAGUACCACAAUGUGAUUCAGCAGCCUAUGGAGGUGAUGCUGGAGAUUGUGGGGGUGAGAAACUUACCUACUGGGCAUAAGGGCAGCCUCUUUGUCUCCUGCAGAAAGAAACAACCAGACUUGCUCUUCAAUUCAUGCAGAAGAUUAAGCAUCUUUUCAGAGUCAGGGGAGAAACAGGUUGCUGCUUUCGAGUGCGAACCAGACGGAGAGCUUCUGGUUGAACUUAUAUCUUCUCAUUCACCUCCCAAUCCACCCAUGGCCCUUAUGGGGUCUACAGUGAUCUCCCUGCAUGACAUAGUGACCCCAGUAAUUUCUAAGCACUUGGUAGAGAAAUGGUUUGACUUGAUGCCCUGCUCUGGAAUCCAGAGUUCCAAGCCUGUUGGGCUGCACAUUGCUUUGUCCUUGUCUGCUCCAGUCGUGGCGCCAAAUGUAGUGAAGAGUGGUGGUUGUGGGGGUGGUAAAUGUGGUAGUGGCUGCGGAAGUCACCAUACAGUGAAGAGUGGAGGAUGUGGUGGAGGCAGCUGUGGUGGUGGCUGUGGAGGCGGCAGUUGCGGUGGCUCAGGCAGCUGCGGUGGUGGCUGUGGAGGCGGAGCUUGUCACAAUAACUCAGCUAGUGAUUCACCUGAAUAUGGACUUCAACAAGUUCUGUAA